AUGAUGGCUGCAUCUGCCGAUACUACUAGUAGUAUCAGUCCGACAACCCAACCUGAAGACCACGCAAACCCCGACCUAUCCGAGUCUCCUGCCACAAUAGCAAGCAGAGGAAACGAGAUAACCGGACUAAAAAUCUUCCAGAAAACAGACCCAGACGAUGACAUCGCCCCAUCAAGGGUUGCCGAACUCAUGGCAGAAUUGAUAGCCGACAAACCAACCGGAGGCAGAGAAAUAUCCUACGGAGAGAAGGACACCCAACAUCUGCGCCUCUGGAAAGCGAACCCAAAAUCCCACCAAGCGCCAACAAUCGUCUUCGUGCAUGGCGGCAGUUGGCGUAUAGGAACGAAUCUUGACUCCAUCGGCUCAGUCAAAGUAUCUCAUCUGACCGAACAGGGCUACGCCUUCGCGUCAGUAAACUAUACGCUCAUCCCCGUCAUCGAAGUCGAAGAGCAGGUCCAGGAAAUAGCCCAGGCGAUAAGCUUUCUGCUCAAAAACGCAGCAAGUCUAGAUAUAGACUCCGAGCGGGUGAUUCUGAUGGGUCACAGUUCCGGUGCACAUGUCGUUACCCUGCUAGGAACGGACACGAAAUAUCUCACGCGGGCGGGUGUUGACAUCCACGUCGUUAGAGGAGUUGUUUCCAUCGAUGUGGUGGAGAGUUUGAUCCGGGCUCUUGGAACAGACCCCGAGCGACUUCGCGCAAUAUCACCGACCUACCAUGCGUGCGCGCCUAAUGCAGCGGCUUUCUUGCUUCUGCAUGCUCAUCGACAGGGAGAUGUGCGGCAGGCGGUUGAGUUGGCUGCGGCGCUACAUGCUUCUGGGACCAAGGUUGAUCUACGUGUCUUUGAGGGCGAGGGUUUUGAGGGUCAUGUACGGAUGCUCCUUCGUCUUGGAGAUCCGUCUUACCCGGCAACAUUGGUAUUGGAGGACUGGCUUAGAAUGCAUGUUCCUGUUUCUCUUACGUAG